AUGAAGGUCCUUUGGCAAAUCAGUACCCUUGUCGCGUUUGCUUCGGCACAGACGACAGGUGCUUUUGAACCUGCAAACUUUAACAUCACCAAAGCGCUGAUCGCCAAUGGUAUCGACGUGUCCGCCAUCCCUGAGCUUGCCAAGUUUUCAGAACGAUCAUUCAAUGGGUGCUCUGCUGCCUGUUCAUCCUUGGAGCGCAUCUAUGGCAGCGACAAGCUGCUUUUCGACAAUUCAUCUACAUACGAUGCAUUCACUGGUGCCUACUGGAGCGUCCAGCAGGGUGCUGUAAACCCGAGAUGUGUCUUCAAGCCAUCCAGCACUAUCGAAAUAUCUUCGUGGCUGUUGAUAUCCCGUUUGACACAAUGCCCAUUUGCUGUGAAAGGCGGUGGUCAUGCUGCUUUUGCUGGGGCAUCCAGCAUCGAGGGAGGCAUUACCGUUUCCAUGGAGCGCUUCAAUCACGUUGCUGUUUCAAAUGACAAGAAAUAUGCCAAUGUCGGUGCCGGAACUCGAUGGGUUGAUGUAUAUACAACGAUCGAAAAGUCUGGUGUCAGCGUCGUUGGAGGCAGGAUGGCUCCAGUCGGGGUGCCGGGUCUCAUACUUGGUGGUGGGAUCUCAUUCUUUUCCAACAAGCUAGGUUGGGCUUGUGACAACGUUGCAAGCUAUGAAGUCGUCACGGCAUCUGGCUUGGUUGUUACUGCCAGUCCUACCGAAUUUUCUGACUUAUACUGGGCUCUCCGUGGUGGCGGUGGCAGCAACUUUGGUGUAGUGACCAACUUCAAGCUCCACGCUUUCCCCCAAGGCAAUAUGUGGGGUGGCCAGCGCAUCUUUACAGAAAACAAUUUCAAGGCUGUUCUGGAUGCUGUUUUCAAUUUCGCUACCGUCGGAUCUUCGAAAGACACCGAUGCCGCUGAAAUCGUGUCUUUUGGUAGUAUUCCCAACGUUGGCAAGAUUGCUAUCGUGCAGACUCACUACGCCCUGCCAGUGGCCAAUGCCUCUGUAUUUGCUGAUAUCAACGCACUCACACCCAUAUCGGACAACACAGGUAUCGCAUCUCAUGGUGAAAUGACGAUAAAACUGAACGGAGGCUCCCUCAAUGACACACUCGGCUCUCUGCAAACAAAUUGGGAUGCUACCUUCAAGGUUGACCGUGACCUUUUCACCUUCCUGGUUGACACGUUCUUCUCGGAAAUAACCGGGAUUCAAAGCAUCCAGGGCAUUCUCCCAACCAUCUCUAUUCAACCAAUUACCGAAGGCCAACUGAAGGGCAUGCAGAAGAAUGGUGGAAACGCGCUCGGUCUCAGUCCCGCCAAGGGACCAAUCUUUCUCAUGAACCUAAGUGCAUCAUUUAAAGACCCCACAGGUCAAGCCGCCAUUCUGAAAUGCUACUCAGGCAUUAUCAACAAGGUCAAGGCUGAGGCACAGAGGAGAGGCGUAGACAACGACUACAUCUACAUGAAUUAUGCAUCCCAGUUCAUGGAUCCAAUCGCUAGUUACGGAGCUGACAAUGUCGCCAAGCUCAUCGCCGUUAGCAAGAAGUACGAUCCGGCGCAGGUGUUCCAGAACUUGAGUCCAGGAUACUUCAAGUUGGCAAAGGGACCGCCAAACCCGAACAUGCCAUGA